CCAUUUUUACAAUACACAAUACAAGCCCUUUGAGUAAUUUUAUAAGAUAGUAAAAAUAUUGUAAACGGGACUAAAAGUACCGUAUAAGUGAAAAUUAUAUCAUAUGGAACUCUUAAGCACUUAGGAGGAGCUAGUAAAUUAACCUAGCUCGAAAUGCAUCUGUAAAAAACAAUAAAAGGAGUUUAUAACCUGAAUUGGCUGUGAGGUAGUCUACCGGAAAGAUUUUUUCGGAUUGAAGAGACUUUCACUAAAUCAACAUAAAACAGCUAAAACAUCGGGAAAUUAAGAACAGUAACAAUUAUUAUCUGUAACAUCGAAGCUGUUGGUAGAUUCCUUGGGAAAAUGGCAUUCAGAUUGGCUGUUAGUUGUACAGUGAUUUUUAUUACAUGGAAUUUUAAAUAUAUAGACUGCAAUGAAUAUUCACCACUUCCUUUCAGGAAAAAAUUUGAGAUCAACACAACUUGGGAUGGAAUUGCGGUAAAUCACGAUCCAGUUGAAAUUACUAUAAACGAGGCUGUAGGAAACGAAGUGAGAGUGCAAGUAUUAGCGCCCUUCUUCGACGAUCCCCCUCCACCUGGAGGAAUUCCUGGCAAGCCAUUCCCUAAAUUAUGGGAAUACGAAGUUGUUGAAAUAUUUUUCUUGGGAAAAGAUGAACGUUACUUGGAAGUUGAACUUAGUCCUCAUGGCCAACAUUUAUUAUUAUUUUUAAAUGGAGCAAGGAAUGCUAUAAAGCAACAACUUCCAUUGAAAUAUGAAGCUAAAAUAAUUGGUAAAAAAUGGUAUGGAUCAGCAAAUAUUCCUGCAGAUUAUUUUCCACCAGGCAUCAAUCUUAUGAAUGCUUAUGCUAUUCAUGGCAAUGACGAAGAUAGAGUUUAUGAAAGUUUAUAUCCAACACCAACAGGAAAAUACCAAAAUCCAGAUUUCCACCGACUUGAAUAUUUCAAACCUUUGGACUUUGAAAAAAUUUUACCAAGUAAUGGGAAUUCUGAUCUGUCCUGGAUAUGGAAAGAAGCUAUCGAGAACAGUUCCUAAGAAGAUAGUUUUUUAUAGCUGUGGAAAACAGAUUUGUGAUCAGAUUUCUAAUUCUAGAAAUGAAAGAAAUUUUUUUUUAUUAUUAAAAAAAUAAAAUCUGAUUACAUGAA